UUUCUUUUUCCCCCUUAAAUAUCAUUAAUAAAAAUUAAUGUGAGUGCACUUCAUAGGCCUAUACGUUGCCCAAAGAUGCAGCCUAGAUAUUGUUGGGUAUCCUUUGAAUGUGGGGGCCCCACAAAAGAACAUACAGUAUCUAGAUUCAAAGAUACUGUCCCCAAAUGAGCUCGUCAGUGGUCACAUGAAGCUCCAAGGAUUUGUUGGUUUCCAUCUGCAAAAACUCAAAGACCAGCUAAUCCCAGUCGAAUAAACUCACCCUGACUCACAGUUUAUUUAAGAAGUAGCUCUUCAAUUGCAAUUCGCAUCAGCUGUUUCCCUCUCUACUUCGUCAGUUUCCCAGUAACCAAAACAGAUUGUUUCCUUCUUUUUGAAAUGGCAUCCCCAGCCAAAGAAAUAGCCAGAGAGCUCCUUCCCUUAGUUCGCGUCUACACGGACGGCUCAGUCGAACGCUUCGAGGGCUCGCUCUAUGUGCCACCAUCACCGAACCCAGAUCCACAAACUGGUGUGUCAUCAAAGGACAUAACCAUCUCCCAAAACCCCAAAAUCUCUGCUCGUCUCUUCCUCCCAAAAAUCGAACAGCAAGACCAAAAACUCCCUAUAUUGGUCUAUUUCCAUGGCAGUGGAUUUUGCGUUGCAUCUGCCUUUCAACCCGCUUACGAUCGUUACUUGAAUCUUCAGGUCUCUCAGGCCAAAGUGGUUGCGGUCUCUGUUGAGUAUAGGCUGGCUCCAGAGCACCCUCUCCCCGCAGCAUACGAGGACAGCUGGGCGGCUCUCAAUUGGGUCGCAUCUCACUCAACAACCCAAAAUGAUCCCGAUAAGGAUCCAUGGCUGUUGAAUCAUGGAGACUUUGACAGGCUUUACAUAGGAGGUGAUAGUACUGGAGGUAAUAUAGUUCAUAACAUGGCGAUGAGAGCAGGAUCUGAGAAUCUGCAAGAAAAUGUGAAAAUCUUGGGUGCUUUUGUUUCUCAUGCUUUUUUUUGGGGCUCAAAACCAAUUGGGUCUGAAAAUGAUCCGAAUAAGCCGAAGCAUUAUGUGGGUUCGGAUUCAAAAUCAUUUGCUUCAGAUCCUAGUUUGGGUCACGAGAAGUCCUUCCCAUCUUUGGUUUGGAGCUUUGUGUACCCAUCUGCGCCUGGAGGCCUUGAUAAUCCGAUGCUCAAUCCGGAAGGUCCUGGAGCGCCGAGCUUGGCAGGGCUUGGGUGUUCGAGGUUGUUGAUUGUUGUGGCGGGGGAAGAUGAACUGAGAGACAGAAGCGUUCGUUACCAUGAAUUGGUGAAAGAGAGUGGUUGGAAAGGUGAAUUGGAGUUCCAUGAAGACGAGGGAGAAAUUCAUGGUUUUUACAUUAUAAAUCCAGAUAAUGGGAAAGUUAACAACCUGAUCAAACGCUUCGCUGAUUUUCUCAAGUGAUUAGUGUUCGCGGACUUUUUAGUUGGAUUUCGUUCUUAAGGUGCGGUUACGCCACUGAUAUUGGAUUGAAAUUCCGUUAAUGGACCACCAUCAGGGAUGGCAUGAGAAUGGCACUAUUAAUAAAUGUGUUUUUUUCUUUAAUUAAAAAUUUAUUAUGCCUAAAA